AUGGACGAGAAUUACGACGUGAUUGUGUUGGGAACAGGCUUAACCGAGUGUGUUCUUUCCGGACUCUUGUCGGUAGAUGGCAAAAAAGUACUUCAUAUUGAUCGCCAGGAUUUUUAUGGUGGUGAGCUGGCAUCAUUGAAUCUUGGCCAACUUUAUAAUAAAUUCCGUCCCUCAGGACAAAAGCCAGAACUUCGUGGACGUGACCGGGACUGGUGUGUGGACUUGAUCCCCAAGUUUUUAAUGGCUAAUGGUGAGUUGACCAACAUUUUGGUGCACACCAAUGUCACCCGGUACAUCGAGUUCAAACAGAUUGGCGGAAGUUAUGUGUAUCGGAAUGGUCGCAUUGCCAAGGUUCCUUCGAACCAGGCAGAAGCCAUCUCUUCCUCGCUCAUGGGAAUCUUUGAAAAGAGAAGAAUGAAACAGUUUCUUGACUACCUCACCAAAUGGGACGAUGACGAUGCUUCGACCCACGGCGCUCUCGACUUGGAUAAGAACACCAUGAACGAGGUUUACAACUAUUUCAGAUUGGAGAAUGGAACCAGGGACUUCAUUGGCCAUGCUAUGGCGUUGUGGUCGAACGAUGACUACCUUAAUGAAGUUGCAAGACCCACGUACGAACGGAUCAUAUUGUAUGGCCAAUCGGUGGCCAAGUACGGCAAGUCUCCUUACAUCUACCCUCUCUACGGGUUGGGAGAGCUUCCACAGGGAUUUGCCAGAUUGUCGGCUAUUUAUGGUGGAACUUAUAUGUUGGACACUCCAAUUGACGAGGUGAUCUACGACGACGACAACAAGAAAUUUGCUGGAGUAAAGACUAAAGAGGGUACCGACCAAGGCUCCAAUUGUGAUUGCUGA